AUGACUUCAACCACCGUCAUACAAUCUCAAAGAGUGAAGAACCUGCAGGUUCGAGGCUUUCACUUGGACAAAAGAAUCACCUUACCACCAUCCUACACACGUGACUUCAUUCCAGCCAACAGAACCCACAUCCCCACCAAAGAAACUGCCGAGGCUUGGUCCCACUUAGAGCACCUGAGAGAACACAUCGCACCUCUGCAAAGUUGUGAAGUCGGUCUGCUCAUUGGCUACAACUGCUCUCAAGCCUUACUCCCAAGAGAAGUCGUGUCUGGUCAAGCCAAUCAGCCUUUCGCGCAAUGCACUGACCUGGGGUGGAGUAUCGUAGGCCAUGGGAAUCCCUGUGUGGAGUUCGAAGACGCAGUCGGCAUCAGUCAUCACAUAGUCACCAUGCGAGUGUCACCAGAGAUCAAUUCUCCCGUCAACCUGAAGACUGAAGAACUACCGCACAGAGAAAGCAAGGUGGGAGAACUUAAAGAAGAUGAUCCUGAACUUCGCAAGGCUACAGUGCUGAACACAAAGGCAAAGGAAGACAGGUCUUUGUUGAACCGCCUGGAGAAGUUCUCUGACUGGUCAAGGGCAGUACAAGCAGUUGCCAGACUGAAGAGACUGAUUAAAGAACACAAAGGUGUGAAAGAAAGAACCAAUGAGAGUACAAGCUUAGAAGAAAGAAAGGAAGCAGAACUUACCAUCGUCAAAUUGGUUCAAGAAGAAGCACUCUCAGUUGAAAUCAAGGAUCUGAAAGGAAAAGGAAAUCUAACGAAGACAAAACACAACAAACUCUUCAAAUUGAAUCCGAUUUUGGAUGAGGAUGGAGUCCUGAGAGUGGGCGGGCGCUUAAGUCAAGCUGCGCUACACCCACACGUAAGGCACCCAGUCAUUAUCCCAAGUAACACUCACAUGGCCAGCCUGCUGAUCAAACAUUUCCAUGAGCGAGUUCAUCAUCAAGGACGCAGAAUGACCUCGAACGAACUGCGAGCCAAUUGA